UUGUGUUUUUUUUUUGUUAAAAACUUUGAAAAGAACGUGAAGAAACUUUGUCGGGCGCCCAUUGCACUGUUAACCAUAUGGCUCUGUUUCUGUUUUAUUUGUUAUCAUAUUUAACCACGUAAACAGGAAAAAUAUUAAAAGCUAUGUUCCCAAACAGUUAAAACCACAAUAAUGAACUUCAGUAAGUCAACUAAAUUGCUAUUUCAUAGUCUCAAUCAGAAAUGACCAUUAUUAUCUUGGUAAAGAUGUUUUUUUUUCUUUAAUACAGAUCUUAUAUUGUGCAGGUGCACCGAAUGUUCUGACCUUUGACGUUUUUUAGCUUUUGUUGCCAAGCAUGAGAGGCUAUCUUCAAAGCGACACUUAACUUCAUGAUUGGAAGUAACUAGUAAAAUGGAGGCGCCGUCUGUGCCAGUCUGUGACCUCAUGCAAGAACAAGCAGCUGGAGUGUACCACCGGGAGUCUCGCAAUGGGAGGUAUCAGUUGACGUACAAGGAGGCCAAAGCCAUGUGCAAGUACGAGGGAGGAAGGAUGGCCACUUAUGAGGAGCUGGAGGCCGCUCGACAAAUAGGUUUCCAUGUGUGCGCUGCAGGAUGGUUUGAUCAUGGGCGCGUUGGCUACCCCAUCGUAAAAGCUGGUGCCAACUGCGGCUUUGGAAAGGUGGGCAUCAUCGACUACGGCUACAGGAUCAACAAAAGCGAGAGAUGGGAUGUGUACUGCUACAACCCAACCACCAAAGAGUGUGGCGGCAUUCUGACUGACCAGCAGAGAUUCAUCCAGUCUCCUGGUUUUCCAGACAAAUACCAGGAUGACCAGAUCUGCUACUGGCACAUCAGAGCUCGUUUUGGCCAGAAGAUCCUCCUCCAUUUUGUAGAGUUUGAUGUGGAGGAUGACACGGCCUGCUUGGCUGACUACCUAGAAGUGUAUGACAGUUAUGACGAUGUGUCCGGCUUUGCUGGAAGAUUUUGUGGUGAUUAUCUACCCCAAGACAUAAUCAGCACAGGAAACGUGAUGACGCUGAAGUUCCUCUCGGAUGCUUCAGUCACUGCAGGGGGCUUCCAGUUACAGUACUUUGCCAUGAAUGCAUCUGCGUUGUCACAGAACUAUACUGACUAUUUCCACUGACCAAGAUCAAUAAUAAUUGCAUCCGGAGUAUUAAACACAUAUUUCUGCUAAAUACAAAUGCUGUUUAAACACUAGUGAGUACCUCUUUGACGUCAAGACUUCUAUGUUAUUCCCAAUUUAUGAAAUGAAUAAAAUAUAUAAUGUAUUGUAAACUGUGAUACAACUGUACGAUGAUAAAUGAAUAAAUAGCAUUGGAAGGGG